CGGUGCCGCGAGGGGGCCGCGUUUGUCUCGGACCGCGGGACACGACGGCGGCCCGGACGCGGCCUCGCGCCGGAACACCGCGGGCAGGUCCGACCGCCUCGCCCGUCGGACAGAGCUGGGGUGCGGGCGCCACCAGCAUGCUACCCGACUAGCGUGUCAGUCGGCUAGCAUGCAGCGGUUGUGUCGGCUGCAGCUAGCUACAGCUGACGAGCCGCGGGGGGAACGGAGAGAGGCAGCCUGUCCUAUAUUCACUCGUUUGGCUAUUUGCUAUGAAGAAGAUCUAAUCGGGUUAGAUGUCUGUUAAUACGCUGUUAACGCCAUCGCCCAUUUUGAAGAUCACGUGACAUAUCCAAUUGAUAAAUGGUCACAAUCAAUGAGGCUUUGCUUUCUCGACCGCGACGUGUGUCGUGGUGACGACUGGUGACGACUGGCGUGUCCGGGUGGUUCGGCUGCUAAAGCCCCACACGGCUCUUCAGUUCGACCCGGUGUGGAGCCGAGGCUCCCCGCGGCGCUCGCGCCACUGUGUGCUGCUUUAAAGAAGUCUACAAAGAUGCCUGAGGUUCGCGAACUCUCUGAAGCGUUGCCAGAAAUGCCGAUGGAUCCGAUAACUGGGGUCGGAGUAGUUGCCUCCCGGAACCGGGCACCCACUGGAUAUGAUGUUGUAUCUACAACAACAGACGGCCUGGACGCUGACCUGUGGAAAGAUGGCCUUUUCAAAUCCAAGGUGACCCGCUACCUCUGUUUCACCAGGGUCUUUUCUAAAGAAAAUAGCCAUUUAGGCAACGUUCUUGUGGACAUGAAGCUGAUAGAUAUAAAAGACACUCUGCCUGUGGGUUUCAUACCGAUCCAGGAGACUAUUGACACUCAGGAGCAGGCCUUCAGGAAGAGGCGACUCUGUAUUAAGUUUAUUCCAAGGGACUCUACAGAGGCAGCCAUCUGUGACAUCCGCAUCCUGGGACGCUCCAAGCAGGCCCCCCCACAGUACACUUUCAUAGGAGAGCUCAACAACAUGGGAAUCUGGUAUCGCAUGGGGAACGUCCCUCGGACCCUGGACUCUACACACACGCCAACUACCAACAAUAUCCAGAACGUGAACUCCUCCUCCAGCUCAGCUCCGGUCCCAGCAGCUCUGAUGCCCAAGCACAUUUCCAUGACCCUCCCGGCCAGCUUCCGAGGGAAGAACUCCACCAGACCAGACUACGAGCACCAGAACUCCAACCUGUAUGCUAUCUCAGCAAUGGAUGGAGUGCCUUUCAUGAUAUCUGAGAAGUUUGCCUGUGCCUCGUCCGAUCUGCAGCAGGUGGAUCUGAUGGGCAUCAACAUCAAGUCACUGGCUGAGAUUGAGAAAGAGUACGACUACAGUUUCCGCACAGAGCACAGCGCCGCCGCUCGCCUGCCCCCCAGUCCAACACGGACCUCGCUGAGCUCCGAGGCCUGAGCCCACCCACUGAACAUCCCCCUCCCCCUCCAGACUCCAGCAGGAGAGACCUGCACAAAACUACUGACCUACCUUCAGCAAGAAGUGACACCCCACCUCUCCAAGACAACAGGAAGGAAAAGACAACCAUCUGGGAGACAUUUAGUUUUUUUUUGUGUUAGUUUUGAAAUGAAAGGCAAAACAACGACAAGCAGAACACUGAGGGCUCAGUGGGCGCGGCUGAGACAACGACCCAACACUGAUGGGAUGGAUUUUAAAAUGGCCCUUUCGACUUUUUUCGCUGAAAGAAAUUGAGAAUUUCGCGAGUUUUAAAAUACAUUUUAAAACUCACAUCAACAUUCUCCGAAGAAUUUUGAUUUGAUCCCCUGUGAUAGACACACCCACAGCUCCACUGAGCAGAAGAGGACUCGUUGUUGUGGACGGACCUGUCGGGAGCGUGGAAGCAGCCGACCCGUCCUGCCGGCUGCUCGAGGAGGAGACUUGUCCCGGCUCGUGUGUCGGAAAUAACAAAAGGAAUCUUUCUGGGAUUUUUUUUUUCAAGCUUGUACUGAUCCUCUUUGUGGGUAAUGAUCUCAUUGUUCUUCAGAUGUUACUGUGACACUCUGUAAACCACGUCACCAUCUCUGUGCACGAGAAGCAGUUUGGGCUGGAGACAGAACCACUGCUCCGCUCCUAUGAUUCUGGCAAUUAUAACUGGUGUUGUUGCUGAGCGCCGUUUGUCCACAUCAGGGAUGAUUCGAAACAAACUAAAGCCUGACUUUGAAUUAAUAUUAUUAUGAACAUGAGAUUCGAGUCGAACCCUGUUUUAGCUUUAACAAACUCUGAAUCUUUUUCAAACAACAACUUCCGUCAACAGUUCCAGGUGUUACCAGGGUUCUGUGAACUCUGGAUUCGUUCUGUGUAGCUGAUGCUACGUUAACUUCUUUGUGUGUUUUAUUUGGGGUUUAAUGUCCGACGGACAUGGAUAUGAGCAGUCGAAGCCUUCGCGAUCAAAGCAGUGUUGAAUGAUUAAUUUACUGGCAUACAAACAAAUACAGCUUCCAUUAGUCACUCUGAACUAAUUGGAACAUAAAUAUUAUAUGAUAAAUCUUGACAUAUUUGUAACACAACGUGCGACACAUUUCAGUCAGUAGCAGAAAAAGAAUUCAGUUUUUAGGGUAUUUUUUUACCGUAUAGGAACCACCUUCACGGGUUUAAUUCACUUUUCUAAGAAUAGGAUUUAUCCAACAGUAAGAUUUUUCUGUCCAAGUGUUCCUGACUGUAAAUGAUUCUUCUUCACAGAUGAACAAAUGUGAAGUGAUCGAGUUCUGUUCUGUCGUUACACUGUUAAAGAACGACUCUGACUCGGCUCCUUUUCACUUUGCCCUUUUAAACAAACUUUCUCGUUCGUUGAACGAGUGGAAAUGAUUUUGUGAGUGUCUCUUUUUAUUAUUCAUUUGAUAUGUGAAGACCACAAACCCCCUCGGAAGCACCAGGGUUCAGUUCUACUGGGACCGGUGCUGGUUCUGAACCCUGUGAACCAGACUGGGUUCUCACUCGCUCAGUUGGUGUUCUGCUCGCCCACAACAACGAGCUCUGUAGAACUUCAAGUCUCUUCAACUUGCAUAUGUUUUAUCGAUGCAAGUAUUUUAUUUUCACAUCACAUCAGCGAUGAGUAUGUGUGGAGGAGGCAGUUCGGGGCGACAGACAGUGAUGUUUCAAAUGAUUGAAGAUGAGUUUCUGGAACAGGUUCCAACUCAAAAUCUCAAAGUUGUCCUGAACAAUGUCAGUAACGGGCUGAUUUUCAAAUUAACCAUUUUUAGUAAGCUAUUAAUGAAAACUAAAACUUUCCGGUGUUUCUAUUUGCUUUGAAACAACAGUCGGUGAGUCAACACGUCCUCUGCAGAUGUUUCAAAGGAAGAGAUCCAGUUGCUGAAAAGUCAUAAUCAUUUUCGUUUGUUGUUUUUGUGUUUGAAUAUGGACUUUUGGUUUCAGACAUCACAUCAUCUAUGAUAAGCUAAACGUGACUGUUACAUAUGAGCAUUAAAAGUCUUUCUUGACUGUGAACAUCAUUGAUGAACAAAAGAGGCUUUCAAAACCCUCUCAUGCAUUAAUUCAGAUAUUAAUCUUAAACUAGAUGUUUCAGUUUUCUGUGUAACCUUUCCUUUAUGUUAAUACGGUAGCAUUUUUCUUUGUUCACUCCAUUUGUUCAUAAGAGGGAUGUUUACAAGACAAUACUGUUUUACUCUGCAAUAUUAUCAAGUCAUAACUGCAUGGAUUAACUCUUCUAUAUAUUUUUGUUUGAUUUAUGUGUAAGUCAGUUCAUUAUUGUUUUUUGUUGUUUUCAGAAGUGUCGUCAGUUCCGACAUGUUUGAUGGAAUGAAACGAUAAACAGCUGCCUGGUCUGUGAUAUGUCAUUUGUCAGCUGUGGUGUUCAGCUCCUGUCAGCCCUGCAGAAACAUUUGAUGUCUGACAAAUAUGCCUGCAUUGACAACAAAUCACAAAUUUUGCUUUUUCAUUAUGCCUGUGAGUUUGCAUGCAGUCAGUGUCAGUUUCAAUAGGACAGUUAUUUUUGUAGGGUAUUGAACAAAAGUCAGAUUUUGCCGCAUAGAUUUUAUUCACUAAAGAAUGAACAAAACAGCAUCAGAUGACUUAGUAUUAUAAAGAAGUUUUAUUAAACUGUGAUGAACGUAUGUCUUGAUGUAAAGUUGAAUUUUAUUUUGGUAAAGAGUAAUGUAUGUCACUCCGCUUCAAGCCUGAACAUAGACGGACUUAUGAGGCGGACCCUGAUUUAGACGUUUGCAAGUUUAAGAAACACAAAACAUUUAGUUUCACGCUAGAAGUCUGUUUUAACUUUCAUCCACUGAAAGGUAAAAAUGGAUCACAAUUUUUAACAUUACAGUGAUUGGGGAAUGACAUCUCGACUAUGUAGGUAAUCCUUACUACGAUUCCAGUCGUCGCUAAAUGGGUGAAAUUCUGGAUUUAUAAAUCUCAGGAUUUAGUCGUAAUGGAGUGAACACAUCCCAUCUGAACACGUAUGUGAAACUGUUGAGUGUGACUUCAACUUAAUGGAUAUCAGUUUCUCUCAUGUCCAUUGUGAAUGAUUGUCAAUAAAUCCACUUUGAAAUAA